AUGGACAUCAAUGACACAGUAGAUGUUGAUGAAUCUAUAGUAGUUAAUUUAAAUCCAACACAAUUACAAACAUUAUACGAACAUUUUCGAAAACGAAAAUUAAUUUGGAUAAUAGUUUUGAUUAUUUUAAUUAUUGCAAUUAUAGCUAUUCCAACAAUUAUUGUUACAAUGAAUACAGAAAAACGAGAAAAAACAUCAACAGUACAGAAAACAACAGUAGAGAUAAAAACAACAACAGCGGCAAGAUAUAUAACAACGGAAAGAACAACAGCAACGGCAGGCAAACCGGUACAAAUUACAACAACAGAGAAAACAGCAACCGAACAAUCUCUUCUUUCUGUUAUCAUUGAUAACAAUAUGAAAUGGAAACAAAGUGCAAUUACUGUUGCUGGAGGAAAUGAACACGGAGAUCAAAUAAAUCAAUUAUAUCUGCCUCAGGGUAUUCAUGUUGAUGAGGAUAGUGGAGAUAUUUAUAUUGCUGAUAGUAUGAACGAUCGUAUUGUUCGAUGGAAAUUUGGUGCAGAUACUGGUGAAAUUGUUGCAGAUGGAAAAGAAUUUGGGCCUGAAACAGAUCAAUUGCUUUUCCCAACAGAUGUAAUUCUUGAUAAAGAGAAGACAUCUCUCAUCAUUUGUGAUCCGUACAAUAAACGAGUGAUCCGAUGGUUUCUUCAAAAUAGUCAAGAUAUAGAAAUAUUGAUAUCUAAUAUUGUUUGUUAUGGUUUAGCAAUGCAUAGUAAUGGAGAUCUCUAUAUUUCUGAUCAGAUAGAACAUCAAGUCAUACGUUGGCAAGAAGGAGAAACAGAAGGUACAGUUAUAGCAGGUGGGAAUGAACAAGGAAAUCAGUUGAAUCAAUUCAAUAAUCCUAAGUAUAUCUUUGUCGAUGAAGAUCAUUCAGUUUAUGUAGCAGAUAAUAUGAAUAGUCGUGUAAUGAAAUGGAUGAAAAAUGCGACUGAAGGGAUUCUUGUUGCUCAGGGAAAAGCUUUUGACGAAAAUCCCAAUUCAAUAAUGUACCCUAUAGGUGUGAUUGUUGAUCAUAUGGGUAAUAUUUAUGUGUCAAAUGGUGAAAGCGAUCAAAUAAUGCGCUGGUCGCCAGGUGCAAUAGAAGGUGUCCCUGUCGCUGGUGAAAAACAAUUUGGAAGCGGAUCUACGCAACUCAGAAACCCAUAUGAUUUAUCAUUUGAUCGACACGGUAAUCUUUAUGUUGUCGAUAGCUACAACUAUCGAAUACAAAAAUUUGUUAUUGAUCGUGACUAA